UCGGGAGCGCAGGCAGAAGCCUGGCUUACUGGAUCCGCCCCUCCCUCUGUCUUCUGGUCGUAGAUCGUGUGCGAGGCCCGGACUCGGAGCGCGGAGACCGGUUUAGGACAGCGGCGCGCGGGGAAGGGCGCAGCAUCCUCGUUUCCAGGACGGUCGGACCGAGAGGAGGCAAAGGGGUGUCGGGUCCUUGUCGCUGCUGGAGCUCCAAGGUAACCAAGGAUGGCAGGGAGGAUGUGACCGUCAUCUGCCUUUGUCUGCCCUCCUAGUGGCACCACCAUGCAGAAGCCCAGUGGUCUGAAGCCCCCUGGUCGAGGGGGCAAGCACUCCAGUCCCGUGGGCAGGCCAUCCAUAGGGUCAGCUUCAUCGUCUGUGGUGGUGCCAGCCAGUGGCUCCAAGGAAGGGUCUCCUCUGCACAAGCAGGCGUCGGGCCCCUCCUCGGCCGGAGCCACCACCGCUGUCCCUGAGAAGCCAGGUCCAAAGGCAGCUGAAGUGGGUGAUGACUUCCUGGGGGACUUUGUGGUGGGCGAAAGGGUGUGGGUGAAUGGCAUAAAACCAGGCGUGGUGCAGUACCUCGGCGAGACACAGUUUGCGCCAGGCCAGUGGGCCGGUGUGGUCCUGGACGACCCAGUGGGCAAGAAUGAUGGAGCGGUGGGUGGCGUGCGCUACUUCGAGUGCCCGGCUCUGCAGGGCAUCUUCACACGGCCCUCCAAGCUGACCCGCCAGCCCACAGCUGAGGGCUCAGGCAGUGACGCCCACUCAGUGGAAUCCCUCACUACCCAGAACCUGUCCUUGCAUUCUGGCACCGCCACACCCCCACUCACAAGCCGAGUCAUCCCCCUGCGGGAGAGUGUCCUUAACAGCUCCGUGAAGACAGGCAAUGAGUCUGGUUCCAACCUCUCUGACAGCGGUUCUGUGAAGCGUGGUGACAAGGACCUCCACCUGGGAGAUCGUGUGCUGGUCGGUGGGACGAAGACUGGCGUGGUACGAUAUGUUGGGGAGACGGACUUUGCGAAAGGCGAGUGGUGUGGCGUGGAGCUGGAUGAGCCCCUUGGGAAGAACGACGGGGCCGUGGCAGGCACCAGGUAUUUCCAGUGCCCACCCAAGUUCGGUCUCUUUGCACCCAUCCACAAGGUCAUCCGAAUUGGCUUCCCGUCCACCAGUCCAGCCAAGGCCAAGAAGACCAAACGAAUGGCUAUGGGCGUUUCGGCCUUGACCCACAGCCCCAGCAGCUCCUCCAUCAGCUCUGUCAGCUCCGUGGCCUCCUCAGUUGGCGGCCGGCCCAGCCGGAGUGGCCUGCUCACAGAGACCUCGUCACGCUAUGCCCGGAAGAUCUCAGGCACAACAGCCCUGCAGGAAGCACUGAAGGAGAAGCAGCAGCACAUUGAGCAGCUACUGGCUGAGCGUGACUUGGAGAGGGCCGAAGUAGCCAAGGCCACCAGCCAUAUCUGUGAGGUGGAGAAGGAGAUCGCCCUGCUGAAGGCACAGCAUGAGCAGUAUGUUGCAGAAGCCGAGGAGAAGCUGCAGCGGGCACGGUUGCUGGUGGAUAACGUGAGGAAAGAGAAAGUGGACCUGUCCAAUCAGCUGGAGGAGGAGAGGAGGAAGGUGGAGGACCUGCAGUUCCGGGUGGAAGAAGAAUCCAUCACCAAAGGAGACCUAGAGACCCAGACCCAGCUGGAGCACGCGCGCAUUGGGGAGUUGGAGCAGAGCCUGCUAUUGGAGAAGGCGCAGGCCGAGCGGCUGCUCAGAGAAUUAGCGGAUAACAGGCUCACCACAGUGGCCGAGAAGUCUCGGGUGCUGCAGUUAGAAGAGGAGCUGAGCCUGCGGCGCGGUGAAAUCGAAGAGCUGCAGCAGUGUCUCCUGCAAUCGGGCCCACCACCCCAGGACCACCCUGAGGCCGCCGAGACCCUGCGGCUGCGAGAGCGGCUGCUGUCAGCUAGCAAGGAGCACCAGAGAGACAGCACCCUGCUCCAGGACAAGUACGAGAAGAUGCUGAAGACUUACCAGGCUGAGGUGGACAAGCUCCGGGCGGCCAACGAGAAGUACGCACAGGAGGUGGCAGACCUCAAGGCCAAGGUUCAGCAGGCCACCAGCGAGAACAUGGGACUCAUGGACAACUGGAAAUCCAAGCUGGACUCCCUGGCCUCUGAUCACCAGAAGUCCCUGGAGGACCUGAAAGCCACGCUGAACUCUGGCCCCGGCGCUCAGCAGAAGGAGAUCGGGGAGCUGAAGGCACUGGUGGAGGGCAUCAAGAUGGAACACCAGCUGGAGUUAGGCAACCUGCAGGCCAAGCAUGACUUGGAGACAGCCAUGCUCGGGAAGGAGAAGGAGGGCCUGCGGCAGAAACUGCAGGAGGCUCAGGAGGAGUUGGCGGGGCUGCAGCAGCACUGGAGGGCACAACUGGAGGAGCAGGCCAGCCAGCACAGGCUGGAGCUCCAGGAGGUGCAGGACCAGUGCCGCGAUGCCCAGCUGCGCGCGCAGGAGCUGGAGGGACUGGACCUGGAGUUCCGUGGCCAGAAUCGGGUCAUCGAGUUCCUCAAAGAACAGAUCUCCCUGGCCGAGAAGAAGAUAGUGGAUUACGAGACGCUGCAGAGGGAGGGAGAGCGGCUGCGGGAAAAGCUUCUGGUGGCUGAGAAUAGACUCCAAGCCGUCGAGUCCCUGUGCUCUGCCCAGCACAGCCAUGUGAUCGAGCCCAAUGACCUUUCCGAGGAGAAGAUUCGCAUGAAAGAGACUGUGGAGGGCCUGCAGGACAAACUGAACAAGAGGGACAAAGAGGUGGCAGCCUUGACAUCCCAGAUGGACAUGCUCAGGGCCCAAGUAAGUGCCCUGGAGAACAAGUGCAAAUCAGGAGAGAAAAAGAUGGACUCUGUCCUGAAGGAGAAGAGGCGUCUAGAGGCAGAGCUGGAGGCUGUGUCUCGGAAGACCCAUGAUGCCUCAGGCCAGCUGGUUCACAUUAGCCAAGAGUUGCUGCGGAAGGAGCGGAGUCUGAAUGAGCUGAGGGUGUUGCUGUUAGAAGCCAAUCGCCACUCCCCAGGGCCCGAGAGAGACCUGAGCCGCGAGGUGCACAAGGCAGAAUGGCGGAUAAAGGAACAAAAACUGAAGGAUGACAUCCGGAGCCUGCGUGAAAAACUGACGGGGCUGGACAAGGAGAAGUCCCUGUCGGAGCAGAGACGCUACUCCCUCAUUGACCCAGCGUCAGCGCCCGAGCUACUGCGACUGCAGCACCAGUUGGUGAGCACGGAGGAUGCCCUGCGGGACGCACUGGACCAGGCCCAACAGGUGGAGAGGCUGGUGGAGGCUCUGAGGGGCUCAGACAGGACUCCGACCAUCAGCAAUUCCGGUUCUGCCAACGGUAUCCACCAGCCAGACAAGGCCCACAAACAGGAGGACAAACACUGACCCAGGGACGCCAUGAACCGGCCCCGUUCCCGUCAGAGCCCUGCCGGGCUUCCCACCUGCGGCUCCACCUCCAGGCGGGAGCCAGAACUGUCUCUUUGGAGAUGAGACUGUGUUUGUAUUGUCCUCGCCGCUGUGGACAGUUCCCACUUGAACCCCCUGCCGGACCAGGAGGCUCCCACAGACACGGCCUUCCACAGAGCGCGGUACAGCUGGGCCUGGCCCCAGACAACCUCUCUUGGCUACAGCAGGCUGCUCUGAGUCUUGUCUGGGCACCUGGGUACCCGCCUGCCUCCCUUCCUUUCUGGUGUCCCCAGGUCCCUUGCAGGCCUCUGAGGAGUGGUGCAGGGCCCCUGCUUGGACACCUACACACUGAGAAGGGCUUCAGUCUUCAGAAACUAGGAAGGGCAUUCUUGACUCAUUUACACAUUGGUACAAGGUCUCUUGGGCCUCUUUAGCCAGGGGAGAUUUGGGGAUCGACAGGCUCCUCCUUCCUCAACACCAGGCUAGUAUGCAUACUUACCCCACUUGCUGCCCAGAAAGCAUUGAGCAGACAGCUACAGUAUUAGGUGAGCACGCAGACCUUCUUCCUCCCCUCCUGACCUUGAGCCAGGCGUGGCUUGGGGCUUGGAGUCAAGCUAGAACAGGUACAAAACUCUUUAAACAAAGCAUUCGCAUGGCGUUUUGCUGGGGGGAGAGAAAUCGAUCUGGGAACCCCCUGCCAUGUUACUCCAAAGACCCCAGCAACCCACAGAGGGCCCUGUUCCUGUCUUUCCAGGGUGGGACCACAGUGGGUUACCACUAUGAUAAGUUAUAAGGAUGGCCUAGGUGGCCUCCGCGAGCACCCCUGGGGACCAGCAGGUGGCGCUCACGCUCGCCUGUCGGGAGGAGUCGAAUUAGCAUCUCCACCCUCCUUUCUGCUUUGGGUAGCACUCGCCUUUAACAACAAGCAGCCUAGAGCCUAGAGUUGACGCUUUAGUGGCCUAACUGCAGAGCCAAACAUUGCUCUUUUCAGCACAAUCGGGCAGCUCGCGGAUGAGGAACUAAUAGCCAAAGGCUCCCGCAGUAGGGACCAAAAGGGGCUGAGCCCCACCCCGGAGUGGGCUUGCACCUGGGAGGUGUGCAAGAAGCCAUUUCCUCACAAGCACUGGCCUUUGAAGGCCCCUCAGCCUACCCGGUGUGACCACACGACUGUGGCUCAGCCGUCCCCUCCCCACCCCUCCCCCAGUGGAAUUGUGGAAGUGUGGCAGUCCGUGUUCGGACAAUAAAGCUUGUAACUGAGG